AUGGCAGCCUCCAGCCUCCUGCUCCUCCUGGGGCUGCCUGUGGGGGUCUGGCCCGGCCUGGGGCUGCCCCGACGGCCAUGUGUGCAGUGCUGUCGCCCCGCCUGGCCCCCGGCCACCCCCGGCCCCUACGCCCCCCGGAGCGCUGGGGAGCAGUGGGUGCCCCGCGUGCGGCCUGCCAUCAAUAUCUCCAUCCUCAAAGGCGAGAAGGGUGAACGGGGGGUCAGAGGUCCCUCUGGCAGGAGCAAAAAGGAGGGUCCCCCGGGCCGGGGCCUCUGGGGCCGCAAGGGCCAGAAGGGGCAGGCAGGGCUGCCGGGCUCCCUGUGUCAGUGCAUCUACGCGGCCUUCUCCGUGGCCGGCGGGAGGGCCUGCACCCACCACUUCCAGGCCGUGCCCUUCCACACGGAGCUGGUGAACCUGGACGGGGCCUUCCACCCGGCGUCCGGCCGCUUCCUGUGUGCCGUGCCCAGCGUCUACUUCCUGAGCCUCAACGUGCACACGUGGAACUACAAGGAGACGUACCUGCACAUUGUGUGCAGCGGGCGGGCUGCCGCCAUGCCCUACGCGCAGCCUGGCGAGCGCGGUGUCAUGCAGACCCAGAGCCUGCUGCUGCCCCUGGCCGCCGGAGACACCAUCUGGGUGUGCCUGUUCCUGUGGGACCAUAACAACGCCAUCUACGGUGAGCACGGCGACCUCUAUAUCACCUUCAGCGGCCAUCUGGUCAAGCUGGCCGCAGAGCUCUAG